AUGGGGGCCGGGGAGAGCUAUGAGGUACAGGACGCUUACUGCCGUUUAGGGAGCUCACUCCACGACAGUGCUCGAGCCCCUAGAAUGGCCUCGAGGCAUCAGGCGCUGCGACCUUGGCCGUGUGCAGCCGUCUGGCCACCGCGGCACCUGGCUGAGGGUGGCGACGCGGCUGGGCAGGCGCUGCUGUCCCCAGCCCCAGUGCUGAGGCGCGCAGAGCGCAGUGGGCUCUGGUGGAGGUCGGGAGAACUGCAGGGCGAAGGCCGCCGGGGGCUCCGCGGGCGGCGGGGGGAGGCACUUGACACCGGCCCGGGAGAGGAGGGGCAGCUGUCCCUACGACCAGUGCUGGAUGCGGGGACCCGGCACAGAAUCCGCGCCAGCCGGGGCGCGGCGGGGUCCCGAACCCGCUCCUCCCGCCGGGGCGCUAGGACCGCCCGCAGCUCAGGUCGCUCCCGCCGCGGCGCCCCCGGGGCCCCCAGGUGUUGCCUCCCGGGCGGCUCCGCAGCGGGGGCCGGAGCCAGCGCGGCCACGGGGGGCGAGCGGCGGGCGGAGGCCUGGGCGGCGGGCGGCCGGAGGGGAGGGAAGGAGGAAGGCGGAGAGAAGGGGCGGGCGGGGGGACCCGGCGGAGGAGGCGGAGAGGGGGAGCGCGACAGCGACGGAGGGAGGGAGCGCGGCAGGCAGCGGGCGGGCCGGGAGGCGGCGCGGGCGGCGGCGCGAGCAGAGGACGAGCCGGGACGCGGCGCCGCGGCAGCAGGGCGAGCAGGGGCCGCCCGACCCGCCAGGCCACACGGUAACCAGCACGGCCUGCGGCUCCGGAGCUGGGAGGGCGGGCGGGCGGGAGGGCGCAGCAAGGCGGUGGGGAGCGCGGCUCGGACCCCGCAACUCGGUGCGUGGCGCACGGGGCUGCAGGCGCGGACGGCCCGGGCCGAGGGUUUGUUUAUGUCCCCGCAGCUCGCCCGCCGAUCCUCUCCUGCGCGCCUCCUCAGCCGCGGACGCCCCUCGGCGCCCCCGCCCGGCCCGGCUCAAGUUCAAGUCCGUACAAUGCCGCGGGGGGCCUCCGCCGGCCUGCGCGCCGCCCGACGCGCGCUGCCGCAGGGCCCCGCCGCCUCCGCCUUCCGGGCUCUGCCCCCGCCCGGGGGCCCGGCCGGGGCCUGCAGCCGUGCGCUGCAGGGUGCGGACCCGACCCGGAAUCGGGCGCGGGAGGGGAAGGGGGAGGGGGGGGCGCGGGCGGCCGGGGAGCGCCGUGGCCACGGCAGAAAAUGGCAGCCUGGCACGACCCGGGCCCCUGCUCCCGCCCCGCCCUCCCCCUGGGCCUGGAGGCUCCGCGCGGCGGGGGACCCUGGAGGCCCCGGCAGGGCCCAGGGGCGGCCGGGGCCCGCGCCGGGGAGCGCGGCGUCGCGAUCUUCCCGCGGCCACCUGUGGCUUGGGGGUGCAGGGGCGCCGGCGGGCCUGGGAGGGGCGCGCGUGGGGCGUGCCCGCUCGGGGGCGCACGCUCCCGCGGAGGCCAAGCGGAACGGCGUGGGGGGGCGUCGCGCCCGGCUCCUCCCUGCCCCCGCUGCGGGCCGUGGGAGCGGGGCGGCGGUGGCGGCGCCGCCGCAGUGUGGGGGCGGGGCGGGAGUGGGCGAGGAUCCCCGGGCCCGGCCGCCGAGGACUAGAAGGCACCCAAAGAGUGCAGCAAACCCGGCAUCCCAGAACAGCCUGGGUUCAGGCCUCCGCUUUGUCAUUUUAGCUCUUGCUCACAAAGACCACGAUAAUACCUUCUCUGAAGCCCUCGCAGUCCCACAGCGCCCUCGAAGCCCCAGCCUGCCUCCUACUGCCCAGCCGCCCGCAAUGCCCUCCAGCGGCCCCGGGGACACCAGCACCUCCUCUCUGGAGCGGGAGGAUGAUCGAAAGGAAGGAGAGGAACAGGAGGAGAACCGUGGUAAGGAAGAGCGUCAGGAGCCCAGCGCCACGGCCCGGAAAGUGGGGAGGCCUGGCCGGAAGCGCAAGCACCCACCGGUGGAAAGCAGUGACACCCCCAAGGACCCAGCGGUGACCACCAAGUCUCAGCCCACAGCCCAGGACUCUGGGCCCUCAGAUCUGCUACCCAAUGGAGACUUGGAGAAGCGGAGUGAACCCCAACCUGAGGAGGGGAGCCCAGCUGCAGGGCAGAAGGGUGGGGCCCCAGCUGAAGGAGAGGGAACUGAGACCCCACCAGAAGCCUCCAGAGCAGUGGAGAAUGGCUGCUGCGGAACCAAGGAAGGCCGUGGAGCCUCUGCGGGAGAGGGCAAAGAACAGAAGCAGACCAACAUCGAAUCCAUGAAAAUGGAGGGCUCCCGGGGCCGACUGCGUGGUGGCUUGGGGUGGGAGUCCAGCCUCCGUCAGCGGCCCAUGCCAAGACUCACCUUCCAGGCAGGGGACCCCUACUACAUCAGCAAACGGAAGCGGGAUGAGUGGCUGGCACGUUGGAAAAGGGAGGCUGAGAAGAAAGCCAAGGUGAUUGCAGUAAUGAAUGCUGUGGAGGAAAACCAGGCCUCUGGGGAGUCCCAGAAGGUGGAGGAGGCCAGCCCUCCUGCAGUGCAGCAGCCCACGGACCCUGCAUCUCCCACUGUGGCCACCACCCCUGAGCCAGUAGGGGCUGAUGCUGGGGACAAGAAUGCUACCAAGGCAGCUGAUGACGAGCCCGAGUAUGAGGAUGGCCGGGGCUUUGGCAUUGGAGAGUUGGUGUGGGGGAAACUCCGGGGCUUCUCCUGGUGGCCAGGCCGAAUUGUGUCUUGGUGGAUGACAGGCCGGAGCCGAGCAGCCGAAGGCACUCGCUGGGUCAUGUGGUUCGGAGAUGGCAAAUUCUCAGUGGUGUGUGUCGAGAAGCUCAUGCCCCUGAGCUCCUUCUGCAGUGCGUUCCACCAGGCCACCUACAACAAGCAGCCCAUGUACCGCAAAGCCAUCUACGAAGUUCUCCAGGUGGCCAGCAGCCGUGCAGGGAAGCUGUUCCCAGCAUGUCAUGACAGCGAUGAAAGUGACACUGGCAAGGCUGUGGAGGUGCAGAACAAGCAGAUGAUUGAGUGGGCCCUCGGCGGCUUCCAGCCCUCUGGUCCCAAAGGCCUGGAGCCACCAGAAGAGGAGAAGAAUCCUUACAAGGAAGUUUACACCGACAUGUGGGUGGAGCCUGAGGCAGCUGCUUAUGCCCCACCCCCACCAGCCAAGAAACCCAGAAAGAGCACAACAGAGAAACCCAAGGUCAAGGAGAUCAUUGAUGAACGCACAAGAGAACGGCUCGUGUAUGAGGUGCGCCAGAAGUGCCGAAACAUCGAGGACAUCUGUAUCUCAUGUGGGAGCCUCAAUGUCACCCUGGAGCACCCACUCUUCAUUGGUGGAAUGUGCCAGAACUGUAAGAACUGCUUCCUGGAGUGUGCUUACCAAUACGAUGACGAUGGGUACCAGUCCUACUGCACCAUCUGCUGUGGGGGGCGCGAAGUGCUCAUGUGUGGGAACAACAACUGCUGCAGGUGCUUUUGUGUGGAGUGUGUGGAUCUCUUGGUGGGGCCAGGGGCUGCCCAAGCAGCCAUUAAGGAAGACCCCUGGAACUGCUACAUGUGUGGGCACAAGGGCACGUAUGGGCUGCUGCGGAGACGGGAGGACUGGCCUUCUCGACUCCAGAUGUUCUUUGCCAAUAACCACGACCAGGAAUUUGACCCCCCGAAGGUUUACCCACCUGUGCCAGCUGAGAAGAGGAAGCCCAUCCGGGUGCUAUCUCUCUUUGAUGGGAUUGCUACAGGGCUCCUGGUGCUGAAGGACCUGGGCAUCCAAGUGGACCGCUACAUUGCCUCCGAGGUGUGCGAGGACUCCAUCACAGUGGGCAUGGUGCGGCACCAGGGAAAGAUCAUGUACGUCGGGGACGUCCGCAGCGUCACACAGAAGCAUAUCCAGGAGUGGGGCCCAUUCGAUCUGGUGAUUGGGGGCAGUCCCUGCAAUGACCUCUCCAUCGUCAACCCUGCCCGCAAGGGACUUUACGAGGGCACGGGCCGCCUCUUCUUUGAGUUCUACCGCCUCCUGCAUGACGCGCGGCCCAAGGAGGGAGACGACCGCCCUUUCUUCUGGCUUUUUGAGAAUGUGGUGGCCAUGGGCGUUAGUGACAAAAGGGACAUCUCGCGAUUUCUUGAGUCUAACCCCGUGAUGAUCGACGCCAAAGAAGUGUCUGCUGCACACAGGGCCCGUUACUUCUGGGGUAACCUUCCUGGCAUGAACAGGCCAUUGGCAUCCACUGUGAAUGAUAAGCUGGAGCUGCAAGAGUGUCUGGAACACGGCAGAAUAGCCAAGUUCAGCAAAGUGAGGACCAUUACCACCAGGUCAAACUCCAUAAAGCAGGGCAAAGACCAGCAUUUCCCUGUCUUCAUGAAUGAGAAGGAAGACAUCCUCUGGUGCACUGAAAUGGAAAGGGUGUUUGGCUUCCCUGUCCACUACACGGACGUCUCCAACAUGAGCCGCUUGGCGAGGCAGAGACUGCUGGGCCGAUCGUGGAGCGUGCCAGUCAUCCGCCACCUCUUCGCUCCGCUGAAGGAAUAUUUUGCUUGUGUGUAAGGGACAUGGGGGCAAACUGAAGUAGUGAUGAUAACCAAGUUAAACAAACAAAAAACAAAACACAAUAAAACACCAAGAACGAGAGGACGGAGAGAAGUUCAGCACCCAGAAGAGAAAAAGGAAUUUAAAGCAAACCACAGAGGAGGAAAUGCCGGAGGGCUUGGCCUUGCAAAAGGGUUGGACAUCAUCUCUUGAGUUUUCAAUGUUCAUCUUCAGUCCUAACUAAAACGCAGGAUAGGCCCCUCCCCUUCCUCCCCUCCAGUCCUAGGAGGCGAACCUUUUGUUUUCUACUCUUUUUUUUCAGAGGGGUUUUCUGUUUGUUUGGGUUUUUGUUUCUUGCUGUGACUGAAACAAGAGAGUUAAUUGCAGCAAAAUCAGUAACAACAAAAAGUAGUAAUGCCUUGGAGAGGAAAGGGAGAGAGGGAAAAUUCUAUAAAAACUUAAAAUAUUGUUUUUUUUUUCCUUUUCUAUAUAUCUCUUUGGUUGUCUCUAGCCUGAUCAGAUAGGAGCACAAACAGGAACAGAAUAGAGACCCUCGGAGGCAGAGUCUCCUCUCGCAGCCCCCGAGCGGUCUCAACAGCACCAUCCCUGGUCAUGCAGAACAGAACCCAACUAGCAGCAGGGCGCUGAGAACACCACACCAGACACUUUUCUACAGUAUUUCAGGUGCCUACCACACAGGAAACCUUGAAGAAAACCAGUUUCUAGAAGCCGCUGUUACCUCUUGUUUACAGUUUAUAUAUAUACGAUAGAUAUGAGAUAUAUAUAUAAAAGGUACUGUUAACUACUGUACAUCCCAACUUCAUAAUGGUGCUUUCAAAACAGCGAGAUGAGCAAAAACAUCAACCUCCACCUGGCCCUCUGUGCAAAGGGUUUCAGCCCAGGAUGGGGGAGGGAAGCAGCUAGAGGGUGUCGUUUUUUUUUUUUGUCCCUCUUGGUUUUUAACAAACCAAAGGAGGAACCAUAUUGCCCCCACCCCCACCCCACCCCAUGCCUAGCUUCUCCUGCCAAAAGUGGGGCUCAGCUGAGGUGGUCGGAACCUGGGGAAGCGGAGUGUGGAAUUUAUCCAGACUCGCGUGCAAUAACCUUUGAAUAUGAAUCUAAAACGACUGCCUCAGAAAAAUGGCUUAAAAAACAAAAACAAAAACAAAACAACAUUGUCCCCGAUUUUGAAUCUGUCAGCCACAUUGAAGGCCCCCUCGUGGGAUAAGAAAUAAUCCAGAGUGAGGGAAAGUGACCCGCCAUUAACCCCACCUGGAGCAAAUAAAAAAACAUACAAAACGUA